GGGAAAUAGCGAGAAACGAUGGAGCAGAAAAGUACAUAGCAAUUUUAUUCCGUGUAUCAUAACCCCUCUCAUACGGCAACCGGGCACAUUCUUUGAUGAAAUGCGAUAUUCCAAAGGCGGCGAGUGGGUUAGGGCUACCUUCUCUCUUCCAGCCUCUUCCUCUUCUCAGGAGAAAUUCCAAUAGUGGAAGGGAACCCCAUGUCAGGUUUCUUCCACCCACCCUUCCUUCCCCUGUUUCCCACAGCAACAGCUUUCCCUCUGUUCCCCCCCCCUGUUCCCUAUCCUCCGUGAAUACCCUCAUCGUUGCCAUGCCCGUUGAAAUAGAGCGAUCACUUGAGCUCCAUCGUCAACGUCUGGAGGCUUCAUUGGAGAAGCUGAGGAAGGCACUCAGGCAUUGGCAGAUUUCCUCUGCCGAAUAUGAGGCGUUGAGGGAGGAACUGCAGGCGUUACCUGGUGAUGCUACGCAUGAGGAUAUGGUGAGAAAUAUCCCGAGCGAACGUUUGCUAGGUGGGAAAUGCUGAUUCGAACGAAGUUAAAAGUUAAGAGUGGAUUUGGUGGGACUGUGGUUGAUGAGAAAGGUGUGUUUUUCUCGGCUUUCUUUGUUUUCUAUUUUUCUCCCCUUCUCCCUCGUUUGAGAAUGCGGGACUUAUUUUGGAUGUUUAGAUGUGAAAGCACUACUAGGUGAUAAUGUUGGCAUAAAGAGAACAGUUGAUCAAGCUAUUGCGGCUGUGGGUCACAGAAUCAAUUGUUCGCUCCCUGAAUAUUCUCCCUGCAUCACCGGGGAUCUGACACUAACGAGACAAAGACGUCCAGGAGAACGUGGAUAAGGUUCGGAAACAAAUCGAUCAAGGCGAAAAUAAACUUGGUUCUCUUCUCGUUGUUAGUGAGCCAGAUGUGGGUUAUCCCUUCAAAUCGUCUAUGGCUGCUUCACGACUGACAGCUCAGUAGCUUAAAGCAGAAGACGAUUUACCAGUUAUGGAUAUUCGUGAAGAGCUAGAUGAGGAUGGGAACAUUAUCAGUCAGUCAUCAUCUCCCGUCCCUACCACCCUGCUACCGGAUGAUCUUUUUUGAGGUAGAUAGCUAAGGUACAUAGAUACCACCAUCAACGGGGCCGACCCGAGCUCAGCGAAAGCCCUGGAUGCUACACCACUUGAACAGCUCCGGAAGAUAGUCGAAAAGGGUGAAGAUGCAAAGGAACAGAAACAGCCGGCUGAAACCUCAGAGGGAUCCUCGGGAGAUAAGCCAGCAGAGGCGUCUGACCCUCCCUCCCGGGUGCCAUCUCCAAGCAUGCGAAAGAGUGAUAAAACCCCGGCGAAGAACGAGCUGGAUGGCCCCAAACCCAUAUCUCUUAAAGAUGAGGAGGGCGGUGGCUUUAUUAGGGUUCUAGAAGACCCAGCUCUGAAGGAGGAAGACUUUGUAAAGGAAGUACCGACUGAUUCACUUGAGGAGGCCGAGAUGAGGAAACAGAUGCUCAACUAUAACUUGCAAGAAAUUGGGGCUGUAGUGGCGGAAAUCAAUCUUGAGGAAGAGGGGGUAUAUUAUGGGCAUGAAGACGACUUGGAUGAAGAGACAGAUGAGUUGGAUUCUGAGGAUGAAGACCGCUAUGGACGCACUGCUACCCGGGUCAUCACUCCCGAAUAUCAGAAGGAAAUGGAGGACUUGGCCCGCAAGAUCAAGGAACGUGGAGCAGCGGCAAGGGCAAUGGAGGCAAAGAUGCGGGAGGAAGAGAGUCAACAAAGGAAGGCUGGAGCGGGGACUCAAAGGCCGAAGCCGAAAAAAAAAGGUGUUCGGUUUGCCACAGAGCCAGAGAUAUCUCCAGUGCCACCACCCAUGCUUGACUUGCCAGUACCACCGUCAGCUCAUAACACGGAAGAUGCUCUUCCAUUAUUGGUUGAUCUACUUGCUAUGGAUGCUAUGCGGAAGAGCGGGGCAGUGCCCGGGAACACAACGCCUGUAAAGGAGAAGGGACCCAGCAUCUUUAAGAGUGAGAAGGUUAAAGCCCAGAAUGGAAGGGUUAGAGAGGUCCGUGAACGGAUGGUUCCUACAUCUGUUGUUAGUUCGGAUGUCAUGGAACGCCCUGCAGAUGACGGGUCGGCCUCGUUUGAACCUCCUACGUCAGGACCACGGAAGGUUUCACGGUUCAAGGCGGCAAUGGCUACUCAGGACAAUGAUGCCGACAAUGGUGAUGCCUCACCUCCUAAAACCAGUACGAAUCGUUCCGUUAUUGAGCGGGAAGUGUCUGAAUCUACCCCUGUUCAGCCACCUGACGAAUUAGAUCCUUCCACUCACAGAGCUGAGGUUGCAAUUGAGUAUCACAGAUUAAGAAACAAGAUGAUACAGCAGCAGCAGGGCGGAUUUGUCGAGAGUGAAGGAGAGAUGGCGAAGGUGCCACUAGACAAUAAUGGGGAAACCCGGAAAGUCAGCCGAUUCAAAGCGGCAAGAAUGAAUAGAUUGGCACUAUCAUAAGAGUAGCUUAGAGGGAGAUAGUAGGUUCUAUAAUACGACAUCUCAUAUCGCAGCCAGGUAUGGCUUUCGCGCCC